AUGACAGUGACUUCAAUAGCGAUUGUGCCACUCAGUCACGGCGACCGCCCUGAGGAUGUGGGCACCUCCGCAAGCAGCCUUAUGCAGGGACGCAUUUCCGACAUCUUGAAAUCACCAGGAGCUCAAAGGUGCUAUUGGGGCCGGGCGGUCGAGCACCCGGAUCUAUUGUAUCUGCUGGUUGAUUGGGAUACUUUGCAACAUCACGUCAACUUCACAAAUAACCCGCGCGAUGAUGCUACGGAUCUGUCGCCCCUCUUCGCUGGGACGCCUGUAAUAUAUCAUGCAGAACUUACUCCAGAGCCUGCCCCUGGGAUACUGACGAAGCCCCAGUCCCCUGUUACCGAGGUGGCCACCAUAUAUUUUCCUGUUGAUCUCCCUGAGUUGACACAGGAAAAGGUUGUCUCUGACACUAAGAAGUUCAGGGCAAUUUUGGACACCCCUGAUGGCUGUAUCGCUAGUUCUGGGGGCUGGGUGCUGGAGGAGGUAGAGAUUCCGGGCCAGGACAAGAAAGGGAAAGCUUUCAUCAUGAUGUUUGGCUGGGAGAGUAUUGAGGCUCACAAUAGCUUUGUCAAAACGCCCAAAGUUCAGGAGCACGUGCAUCUGAUUGCAGGACUAGGAGGACUGAUAAGCUUAGACAUGUGCCAUGUGGCUUUCACAGAGAUAUCAAGAUAG